UCUGUCGCUGGCUUCUGUGGAGCUCUGUCUGUGUCGGCCAGAGAGGGAUAUGAGUUCGCGGGCCAUUCGCCCAUCAGACCAGCCCGAGUUAGUGUUUCAUCAGCAAGGGGGACGGAUGAAGUUAUCAUUUCUAGCUGCAGUUUUGAUGCAGGCAUCCUUUCUAUUUGCGCAAGGAAAGACGUAGAGCUUUUGGUUUGUGCUUUAGAAAGACGAGGAUCCCGAGCUUGGACGGAAGCGCAUGUUUGACAAUCCAGUUACUUUUGCUUUACGGGAAUGUACACCGUCUCUUAUCUGCUCUCUGCUCGCUGCCGGUCAUAUCCGAUUGGCAGAAGGCAGCCUCCGUCUUCGUCCUCGCCUCUAUUUCUCUAUCGGGCGCACAGAUACACGCAGAGUAUCUGCCCACCACCCGAUAGAAACAGGAUUAUUGCCAUCCUCUCUCUAUCGGUAUCGGAUACCAAUCUGUUCCCGCGUCUCUUCUGCUGAAAGGGAGUUGAUUGGCUACACAGAGAGAGAUGUAUCAUGCCCAUUACAGGUCGACGCUAACCGUGAGGGAUAGGACUGCCUUCGUCCCUUGGUACAGCGAAUUCCGGUAUUCCCAUGGAAAGGGGAGGCUUCUAGAAUCGGCUUGUGCUUGUGGGCAUGCAUCGGUUUCGUGGCCAUCUGGUUGUGGGCUGCGGCAAUCGACUCUGAUUCACCGGUCCCCGGUCAGAAGGCCGGUGUUCCUUGGAGGGUGCGCGCGUUGCCGCUGGCAGUUUGAUGGAUAUCUGCCGUUUCGUCCGGGGGGAGGUGGUGGGCCGGGAAAAAUUGUUUCCCGCGCGAUGAAGGGAGAAGGAUUUGGUGGUCAACAGGAGUUUGAUUAUGGGGUGGAGCUCCAUAAUUGGGCACAGGAAACCAUCUCCCUGUUGAUGAAGUUUGAGGGUGGUAUAAGCCCUGUUUCAGGAGAGUCCAAAGGUCACCACAACGAGUUUUCCCUUCGUCUCCGUGAUCACAAUCAUGCUGACGAGUAUGAAACCAGCUUCAAAUUCGGGCAAUGUAGUUUGUGUGAAGAGGCAAAUAUCCAUGUCCAUGGAGCCACCGAAAAUGUAGACAUGGUUGUUCAAGGAAGAAACAGAGCUUCUAGUUUUCGUUAUCUAUGCGAUGAUAAAGAAUGGGAAGAUGAUGAAUUUUGCCAGGAGAGAGGUACUAUGCUCUAUAGUCACAGUUCCUCUCUCAAGAGACGACAGGGCAAGCAUGAAUUGCGGCACGAAUUUUCUCUCCGAGGCAAGCAUUCGGGGAGUGAUCCCAAGGAAACACAGAAGCAUGACUUUACUGAAACGGAGAGUACACCACCAAGAGCCCGUCGCCGUCAUAGAGUGACAGAGGACGCUUCAGAUAAGGAUGAGAGUACCGUAGGGGCAUCAUCAGAUGGUAUGGCUAGAGGCAAGCAGCACAAGUUUUUAAGGGAUGGUCGUUAUGGUAACGAGGAAAGAAGCAAGCGGCAAGAGAUCUCAGGCGACGUCCAGCACUUUCCCAAAAGCGACGAAAUUAAAGUUUGUUUAGUUGAUAAACAGAAAAAGAUAUCAAGUUCAAGUACAUUAGUCAGUCGCCAUAAAGAACAGAUCAGUAAGAGGGUGGACGAUUCCAAAAUUGAGAACAGAAACGUAGCUGGCGAGUGCUCUGUUUCCGCCGGCAGAUGUUCUAGUAGUUAUUGGGCUCCCCAGCUUCAUGUGGAUGCAAACGGAAAACCUCGGCAACGAAAUGAAAUUAGAUCAAGUGACAAUGUAACAGAGUCUGUUGCUGUAGUAAGUGACGCUCGUUACGCUUCUAGAAAGGACCAAAGAGUAUUUGUGGAUGAAACUGAGGAGGUCUCAACAUCUCUUCAUAAUUCGGCUGGGACUUCGAGGCAGAAUAAGGAGAAGAAGGUGGAAGGAAUUGCCUGGAAUCAUGUACCUCAGCAGACGGAUAGCUCAGUUAUCAUCCUGGAUUCAGAUAUGUCGAGACUUCAUGAAUCCAAGGAGUAUGUGGAUAAGAAUUAUCGCUCUUCAGAUAUUGAUUACUUGCAGCAAACAAGUACCAGCAGCGCACAUUCAAGUGCAAGACUUUACCAAGAUCAAAUAUCAGUGCAGAAAGUGCCAACGACUUCAUCUUCUGAGCCACCUAUUGGGAUUUCAUUGAACAUCUCUUCUGGCCAUCAAACUGCUGAAUACACAGCUAGUGAUUAUAUUUCCCAGUACCAGCACCAUUCAAACAUCAACUACACGCAAGAAUUGAGCUGCAACAGUAUGCAGACAGGUGCAAGGAUUUCCGAAGCAUUAAGGUUGCAAGACCAACCCAGAUCUCAUCCUUCUCAGUGGGCAACGAAGAUCUCAAUGGACAAUACUCGUGCUCAUCAAUCAGAUGGAUACCCAACCAGGCAAUACGUUGCUGCAAGUCACGACUUGGAAUGUCAUCAAGAAUCAAGAGACAACAAUACAAGAAUAGGUGCCACCGAUUCAGGACAGGCAGAUCAACCUGAAAUUUCAGUUCUUUCAUAUCCACAGUCAGUAAACACUGGCUCUCUAAGUGGUUCCUUUGGCUACCAGUUAGCUGGAUAUGCGAGUAACGAUGACAUUGCUAAACAUCGAAGUUCUGUGAACGUCAAUUAUAAUGACACGCAAAUAGAUAGAACACUUUCAGGGCAGAUAAUUUUGCACGAACCACCUGCAGAUCUCUCCUCUCCAUCUACUCUUUAUGGUUCUCCAAGAACUGCAGGUGAACAUCAACCGACAGGCUCUUCAACUAACAAACCAUUGCAAAUCAAUUCCGAUGUUAUACUUGUGGGACAACAGGGAGAAGUUCCUCCGGAUCACCCUGAACCCAAUGAUAUAGUAAAACAGUGCUCUGAGCCUCCAACUGAGAGUGGUUGUUCAAGACCGAUCAUCCUGUUAGAGAAAUCUUCUGAUGGGUCGAGGCAUCCUUCUACUGGUAAUCUGCAUCCGGCAAAUUUGCCUUCAGAGAGAAUUGUAGAAGAAACUGAAAAAACGUAUAUAGUGGAGAGAGAGAGGUCUUCUCACCAAACAGCCACUUCAUUCCAGCAGCUAGUAUUGAUCAAUCCUCCUCCAAAUUCAAAUGCAGAUACUGUGCAAGGUAACUCGCGUAAAAAUGUCUUCGAAGACUCUGGAAUGCAAAGAUCUCGGCAGUCUUCUGUAUUAUCCGAGGCGGAUGAGCAAUCUGAUGAAAUAUGGGCCAUUGCGCGUGAAACACUUGAAGAACAUUCCAAUGUGGGUAAGACACCAGAAACCAUGAUCACUCCUGUGACCUCAGGCUCUGGAGCGCAGUUGACCGAGGUAACUUCUACCGUAGGAACAACCGAGGGAACUGAGGCUGCAUCUCUUGGGAAUCCAACUGCGAAGAGGCCAAGCAGAAAGCACUGGGGUUAUGUUGCAGAAAUAAUUAAGAGUGGGUGGAUUUUGCGAGCAGGAACACAUAAUUCAAAGUCAAAGUCGGCGGCUAAGAGCUCAUUAACUGAAUCUGGAAGCAACGAGGCUUGGUUUUCAGGACACGAGCCAGUAGGUGAAGAAAGUCCAAGGAAGGAGAAAGAAGUUAUGCCGGAGGAACCAGGAGGCGAUGAAGGCUCAGCUGAUGCACUUAUUUCUGCAGCAGGUGCAAGUGCAAAUAAUAGGCAGGAUAUUACUGAUGACAGGAGUUCCCGGUCAAUGCUAGCAGACAGUAAGCCUGAUACAUCAUCUCCAAUCGGUCUUUCUGCUCAUGUAUCAAUUCAAGAAGAAGCUUCAUCAAUAUCAGAUAACCAAAUGUUGGGUUCUGCCACUAAUUAUGCAUCUAUAGGUUCAUUAUCAGUGUCUGUAAGUGGGACGGUAUCUCCUGCUGUUAUUGCAUGUUCAACGGGUAUUCAUGAUGUACAGCAGCAAGAAAAAAUAAGUGUACUGCCAGUUAUUUCACCGAAGGUUGGUAGAAAAAACCUUGAUUCAGGAGCGCAUGAACCAUCCGUCCAAGAUAGGCCAGAAAAAGAUGCUAGCAAUGAAGACAAGAGGAGGGCACUGGGGUCAAGAAAAUUGAGAAGAGCUGCACAAGUCCAACGAGAAAGAUUUGAAGCAUGGGAAGACGCAUAUAAGCUUGAAAAUGAGCAGAGAAAAAUGGACGAAAUGUUCAUGAGAGAAGCAAUUGCAGAAGCAAGAAAAGCAGCUGAUAUCUGGGAGGUGCCAGUCGGGGCAGUAUUAGUCCAGGAUGGCAAGAUAAUUGCCCGAGGGCAUAAUCUUGUGGAAGAGUUGAGAGAUUCAACUGCACAUGCUGAGAUGUUGUGCAUCAGGGGUGCUUCUAGGAUGCUGAGAACUUGGCGCCUUGCAGAAACAACUCUUUACGUUACUCUUGAACCUUGUCCAAUGUGUGCGGGUGCUAUACUUCAAGCUAGAAUUGGCACCUUGGUGUGGGGAGCACCCAAUAAGCUCCUUGGAGCUGAUGGCAGCUGGGUCAGGCUUUUUCCUUCAGUUGACCAAGGCCAGGACAGCUUGGAUCAAGGAAGCCAUUCUGCUGGUCCAGUACACCCGUUCCAUCCAAAUAUGAACAUCAGACGCGGCAUUCUUGCAACUGAAUGCUCUGAUGUGAUGCAACGGUUCUUUCAAUUGAGGAGGAAAAAGACUAAAACCCCAAAAACAUCUUCACCCUUGCCAGUCACAGGAACUCCUGCAAAAUUUUUUUCUAAGAUCCAUAAUAUUUUGCACGUGAUGUUCCGUGUAUAAUUUUCUGUUUAGUUUCAUCGAGCACCAAGUUUGGCAUGGUACCAGAGUUGGCAAGGUUGCAGCUUCAGUACGCUGCUAAGGUGAGCUUUUGCUUCAACAGAAAAUGAAGGGAAAACAGUGAACAUGGUAGUUGCAAAGGAUGAUGCAACAAAACCACUGCAGAGGACAAACGUAGGACGCAGACUGAUACAAACUUGUGACCACCGCUUGUGUUUGAAUUUCGACAGUUGAGAGUAUUACCAGGAGAUCACAUUCCCUCCACUGUUGAAUUAUCAUUGUGGUCGAGUAAAAUGUUUAAAGUAUUUUUUAGGGAGUUGGACGACUUGACUGGGUUUUUGUUC